AUGGCUCUCACAUACGACAUUCCUUCCACUAUGAAGGCGAUCGUAUACCACAAGCUACAAGACUUUUCUCUAGAAGACAUCCCCGUGCCGCAACCUAAGCCACAUGAAGUCCUCAUCAAAGUCAAAUCCUGCGGCGUCUGCGGCACAGACCUGCACAUCCACGACGGCGACUUCGCCUCCCGCAUGCCCGUCGUGACCGGACACGAGACUUCAGGCAUCGUCGUCAAGAUCGGCUCCGACGUGAGCGGAUUCAAAAUCGGCGAUAAAGUAACCGCCGACAACUCGGAGCUCUGCGGCUACUGUCACUACUGCCGCCGGGGACAGCUUCUGCACUGCGAGAAUUUCCUGGGCCACGGCGUCCAUUUGGACGGGGGCUUCGCCGAGUACUGUGUCUUCCCGGCGGCAAAGCUGUUCCAUUUCCACAAGCUUUCCUGGAUCGACGCGUCGCUCUUUGAAGCAGCAUCCUGCGCGAUCCACGGACUGGAACAAAUCGGGACGAAAGUAGGCUCCAAGGCCCUCCUCAUCGGCUCAGGCCCGACGGGACUCUGCCUCGCGCAGUUGCUGAGACACAAUGGCGGCCAUCACGUCGUCGUGGCUUCGAACAGGGGCGCCAAGAUGGACCUGGCUCGCAAGCUCGAGUGCGGCGAUGAGUACGUGGACCUCGAGCGUGAUGAUCCGGAGCCGCAGUGGGAAGCACUCAAGAAGGGACAUCCGUACGGAUUCGACGUGGUGAUCGAGGCGUCUGGGUCUCACCAGGUCGCCGAGCGGGCCAUGGAGUUUGUGGCGAAGGGGGGGAAACUGAUGUACUAUGGCGUCUAUAAGAAGAAUGCGCUUGUGAACGUCUCGCCGUCCAAGGUGUUCGGGGAUGAAAUCACCAUUGUUGGUUCGUUCUCGCAGAUGUAUUGCCUGCAGAGAAGUGUGGACUAUCUGGAGGCUGGAAAGGUGAGAGUCGACGGGAUUGUGGAUAAGACCUUUAAGCUGGAGCAAUUUGGAGAAGCUUUGGAUGCGAUACGCAAGAAGCAAUGUAUCAAGGCUUGCAUAGUCAUGGAUUGA